AAAAAACUCUCUCCCCUUCAAAUCGUCCCCAUCCCUUAAGAAUCGGAAACCACGGUCACGAGAGCUCUUCGUCUGUGUCUCCGCCUCCCUCUCAAGUAUCGCUCGAUCCCCUUCUUCCUCUGAAUCCCACCAUCUCCAUUGGAUCUCAGGGUCUCCGGCGAUCCCUCUCCUCUCCGAUCGCCGGCGAUCGGCGGCGGGAGAAGAAAUUUUUUAUUGAAAGAACGGAAGCAAGGAUCUCCGAACCGAUCUAGGGUGUCUUGUCUUCUUCCGAUCAAGAAAGAACGCGCGGAGGGGAAGAAAGCAGAAGAGAAAGAAUUCGAGGCCCUAGUUUCUUGGAUCGAGUGGAAAGCUAGGAUUUUGGUAGAUCUUAUUAGGAGUUAGCUUAAAUUUUUCUUACUUUCUUUUGUCUUUGGGUGAUUUUGGGGAGAGGCGGGCAUGGGGAAGGUGGCGGUGGGAGCGGCGGUGGUGUGCGCGGCGGCGGCAUGCGCGGUGGCGGCGCUGGUGGUGCGGCACAGGAUGCGGAGCUCCGGGCGGUGGGCACGGGCGAUGGCGAUACUGAAGGACCUGGAGGAGAAGUGCGCCACGCCGAUUGGGAAGCUGAGGCAGGUGGCGGAUGCGAUGACCGUGGAGAUGCUCGCCGGCCUCGCUUCGGAGGGCGGGAGCAAGCUCAAGAUGCUUAUCAGCUACGUCGAUAACCUCCCCACAGGAGAUGAGACAGGAUUGUUUUAUGCAUUGGACCUUGGAGGAACCAACUUCCGUGUACUACGUGUACAAUUGGGAGGAAAGGGAGGGUAUGUUGUCAGGCAAGAAUUUGAAGAAGUUUCCAUUCCACCAAAUUUGAUGGUUGGAAGCUCCAGUGAACUAUUUGACUUCAUUGCUGCAGCAUUGGCAAAGUUUGUUGCUUCAGAAGGUGAAGAAUUUCACCUUCCUGUGGGCAGGCAGAGAGAACUUGGUUUUACUUUCUCUUUCCCUGUGAAGCAAACAUCGAUCUCGUCUGGCACUCUUAUUAAGUGGACAAAGGGUUUUGCCAUUAAUGGCACGGUUGGGGAAGAUGUGGUGGCUGAGUUGACCAAGGCCAUGGAAAGGCAAGGUCUUGAUAUGCGGGUUACAGCAUUAGUAAAUGACACAAUUGGCACAUUGGCUGGGGGCAGAUAUUACGAUAAUGAUGUGGUUGCUGCUGUCAUACUGGGUACUGGAACAAAUGCAGCAUAUGUAGAGCAUGCACAAGCAAUUCCUAAAUGGCAUGGGCUUUUACCAAAAUCAGGAAAGAUGGUUAUCAACAUGGAAUGGGGAAAUUUCAGGUCAUCUCAUCUUCCGAUAACAGAAUACGAUCAAGCAUUAGAUGUUGAAAGUUUGAAUCCUGGUGAACAGGUGAUUUCUUCGUCCACUUCUUUGAGUACAAAAAAUUGGUUGUUCAGAUUUAUAUGUACCUUAUUUUUUUAUUCCCAGAUCUUUGAGAAGUUAAUUUCCGGAAUGUACUUGGGAGAAAUUGUACGAAGAGUCCUGUUGAGAAUGGCUGAAGAAGCUGCCUUGUUUGGAGACAGUGUUCCACCAAAUCUUGAAGUUCAAUUUAUACUGCGGACUCCAGACAUGUCAGCCAUGCAUCAUGACACAUCAUCCGAUCUCAGAGUUGUUGGGACUAAACUAAAGGAUAUUUUAGGGAUCUCUAAUACCUCUUUGAAAACAAGAAAGCUGGUUGUCAAGGUCUGUGAUAUCAUUGCCAGUCGUGGGGCCCGUCUCGCUGCUGCUGGAAUACUGGGCGUCUUGAAGAAGCAGGACCGUGAUAAUGCAGCAAGGGAUGGAAGUGACAUGCAGAGGACAGUGAUUGCUAUGGACGGUGGGCUUUAUGAACAUUACACUAGAUUUAGAAAUUGUUUGGAAACCACACUCAGAGAGAUGCUCGGAGAAGAGGCCGCGCCGUCUAUUGUCAUCAAGCUUGCCAGUGACGGAUCAGGCAUUGGAGCAGCUCUCCUCGCUGCAUCUCACUCUCAGUAUCUUGAGCUUGAAGAAUCCUGAAGGGUCUUGAUACAAACCUAGGCAGUCUAUGGUUUCUUUUUGUCGCUCCUCAUUUCUGUGAAGCAAUGCUUAAUUUAACACCCCUGCGGCAGUAUAUGGUAGCGUAGAGAAAACCAGGAGAAAUCUUGCAAGUGUAUAAAUUCUGGGUCUGGCAGUCAGUGUGCGGAUGAUGCUGCUCCAGACCUGCCAUUCUUUCUUUCCCUUCCUGCGAAGUGGCGGAACGGUCAACCUUCUUUUAUCUAUUUUUCAGUUUUUUACUAGUUUUGUUUUCUGGGUUUCUCCUGACAGUUUAACAAUAAAAGAGGGGAAUUAAUGAAGUCUUUUUUUUCUUGGAGUGGA